CUUUUUAAUUCUCUUCCCCUUUGUGACUCUGUGUUGACACCGUAAUUAUUUUACAAGAUAAGGAGGAAGGAAGUUUCAUUGUCAUAAAAUUUUGAACCAUUGUCAGAAAGUUAAUGUGUACUGGGGUCAACCCAAAACGUAAUGCUGUAGAUAAUUUUCAGUUUGUUAUGAUGCCUUAAGUAUAUACACAUGGCUGAAUUCAUGCUUCUAUGCCUAGUACUUGCUGGAUCCUUAUGCUUUGUUCAAGGACAAACGUUUGAAAUAUCCACAAAAUUUAUGAAUGGAAAUCUGAUAUUCACAUGGAGCACUGUAUCAACAACCAGCAAUGAUAUAACAAUCAUUAAGGAUUCUCAACCCAGUGGUUGGAUAUCGGUUAAUGAUGACCAGUACACAGUGGAAGAUGUUACACUAUACAAAAGCGUAACUAUCAUGGUACGGGAGUACACACAGCCAAAGUAUGAAGACUACAGCAAGACAUUCAACGUUAAUACACAAGAGUCUAAGAUUGGAGAAUCAAGAAAUAUUUCAUGGACUGCAGAUUAUUUUCCCAAAACUGGACUUUACCUCAUUUUUCAUGCAUAUAACGGUUCGGUAACACAGAUAAUGCAGAUAGGGGAUAGUGACCCGUCAACUGAAAAGUAUGUUUAUCACACCCGACCCCUUGAUUCUGUUGAUAUACAGUUUGAGGUGAAGAAUAUAGCGCUGCAAGAUGCCGGAUAUUACCUAGGAGGUACCUCGGAGGCGGAUGCUUGGUCGAAAGAUGGAGGAACUGUACUUCUUGUAUCUGGGAUACCAGUUAAGCCUAUUAUAUCUGGAAAUCUAAACAUUCAAGUUAGAAGAUAUGCCGACCUGAAAUGUGAAAGUAGAUCUACGUCUGCCCCGUCCUAUUACAAGAAGUUUCCGCCAUUAACGUAUUCAUGGUUUGUCAACAACACCAGGAUAAAUGGGGAGGUUAGAGAGACCUACAGCUUUACUGUCACCAAAGAUGUUAAAUACAACAGAUACAUUUGUCAGGCAAAGGAAACCCUAGAAUCAGAGAGAAGUGAGGAAAUUCAGAUUAAUCCUUUAUAUGGUCCAGAAACUGUACUUGUAACCCCCGUGCCACCAACUGACGGACAAAGUGUUCAUGACGGGGAAACAUUUGGUCCAUACACCUGUUCAGCUGACUGUAACCCACCUUGUAACGUGCAGUGGAAACUCAGAGAUCCCUCAGGGGGUUUUAGAGACGUUACACCACUUGGGCCGUCUUCAGUUACUGUACCAGAGCUAACAGCGAAUAGAAAUAGUAUGGCAUUGAUUCGAUGUGUAGUAAACGGCACCGAAGGCAAAGAAACAUCAUCCAUCAAACUGAACAUACAGUAUUUAUCGGAUCCAAAGGUAUAUAUUAAUGGCAUUCUUAAAAAUUCCCUAACCCUUGAUGAAGGAUCUCCUCUACUUUUGGCAUGUAACAUGGAGGGAAAUCCGAUUCCAGAUACCAUCCUAAAAGAAGUCACUGGUAACAAGAUCUUGGUGCAACGUACUAGUACCUGGAUAAACCACACACUGAGAAGGGAAGCAGUGUGCUCUGACACAAGCACCUACAGCUGCGAGGGAAGCUCUUCAGAGUUUGAAAGAAAAAAUCAAUCAUUCCUUAUCAAUGUUCUUUGCGACCCUCGCAUUGAUUUGACAACUGUAGUCAAAACCAACUAUGGCUCAAUGAGUGGCCCGGAUGUUAAUGUUCCUGUGGAUGUGCCAGUGGUUGCAAAUCCCCCAAUAUCUUUAACAGAGAUCACGUGGUCAGGUCCGUCAGCGACGUCUAUAUCGACCGAUGUAGAUUUACAAAGAGAUACCUUAAUAUACAAACAAAUGAUCAGAAGCAGUAUUCCCAUUCCUGAUCAGAGAGCAUUCGGAAACUACUCACUGAUGUACAAAGAAAAAAAGAUCAUUGAGAUUACAAUUAAUGCCGAAGAUAAACCUCAGCCACCUUUAAACUUCACCGGAUAUUCCUACGCCUCUGGCUACGUCAAUCUUACUUGGAUAUCAAACUUUAAUGGCGGACCAGACCAAGUCUUUACCUUGUAUGGUAAGGAGGGGUCCAACUGGAGAGUUAUCAAAAAUUUAACAGACCCGGGGGAAGGAGAAGUUGGAUUCUUUGACCCUGGACUGUUAAAAACAGGACAAGAAUACUGGUUCCGGUUGGAGAGUUGUAACAGAAUCAGCUGUUCCUCAAAGCCUGCUGAAGUAAAGGUCACAGUGCGAGCUUUAUCCAGCCCUUCGGCUCAGUCAGAUGAUACGACAAUUGUGAUUGGUGCUUCUGUGGCUAUUUUUGUCAUCAUUGUUGUCCUGGCUAUAAUAGUCGCCAUGUUUUUACUAAAAAAGAAAUCAGCCGAGCAAAUAGAGAAAAACGAAAAACGAUUGAGUAAACCCGCAGAACCAGACAAUACUCAACCGGAUGUCGUGUACGCUGCUGUUGACAAGAGUCUCCUGAUGAAAAACAAACAACAGGCUGACGUAGUGAAGAGUGACGUCAUCAAGGAUACAAAUGAUGAACGCGAAAACCUGUACUCUAACACAGAGGAUGCCAAAUUACUAACCAAUUCAAACCCAAAGAAAGAAAACAGAAAGAAAAAGAAAAAGGAAGAGAAGACGUCACGGCAGGAGGACGAGGAGGAAGAGGGGGCGACGUACGGAAACGUGGACACCAGGACGGUGAAUCAGGAUGGACUAAUAUACAUCGAUGUUGAUUUUGCAAAUAAGCCCCCUAGUUCAGACACAAAAGGGAGACCAGUCAUACAUGGAGAAGAAGAGAGAACGGAGUACACGUUCAUGGAUUUCUCCAAGAAAGCGCCACCUAUGCAGGAAGAAGAAGAUAAAGAAAAUUGAUAGAGAUUCAUUUUUGAUACUCAAUUUUUUACAAACAUACGGUAUAAAAGUAUUUUUUUUUUAUCUAAAUGAAAUUAUUCAAUUUUUUAAAAUGUCGGUAUUUUUUUAAAUAAAGAAGACCUAUAUGUUGUUAUUAAAAUUUCUCCUGGAAGAUUAUUAUCAAGUUCAUAAAUUUAAACAUGUUUGUCAUAUCCAACAACAACGAUUUGUUCACUUAGACCUACCCUAUUAGUAAAGCAGAGACCUGUCAUCGAUAGUACAUUUAAUAUUCCAUACUUUAAGUAUCUACUUAAAAAAAAUGUUAUGUCAUAAGUAAUUGAAAAUCUAACACAAAGACUUCAGUCAUUAAUUCGAUUCAACUAUUCUAUAUGAGACUUACUAACAAGUAACUGUUUUACAUAGAAGCACUGUCUGGAUCAUCAAUCAAUUUUAUAAUUCUUUAUUCCUUUGAAUCUUUUUUCAUAUCAUUCUUAAUCAUAUCAUUUUGUUAUAGAUAUGUCUAUGUGUUUUAUUUCAACUAAUAAUAAUCAAAGUGUCUUCCCUUUCACGUCAUUGAUAUUUUUUAAAGCUGUGUUUACAUCAAUCAUUUCUUCAAAUUGCAUAAAUUUAUACCAAUGUGUGUGUUUUAUGAGAGAGUGAGUGAGAGAGAGAGAGAGAGAGAGAGAGAGAGAGAGAGAGAGAGAGAGAGAGAGAGAGAGAGAGAGAGAGAGAGAGAGAGAGAGAGAGAGAGAGAGAGAGAGAGAGAGAGAGAGAGAGAGAGAGAGAGAGAGAGAGAGAGUUGUGAGUCAUUGAUUAUUUUGUUGCAAAAGCAGCAUGGACAUUUAUCAUUUCGAGAGAAAGAGAAAGAAACCUUCCCUUAUGUUUGAAUGUUCUAAGCUAUUUCUUUCACAGAUUAAACCAUAUAUUUGUUUUAUCAUUUUUAUAAUUUUAAAGAGGAAUUCUAUGAGGAUUUUUUUGUAUUGUACAUGUUCCUUGUUGAAAGAGAAUAAUGUUCAUAUCACAAACAAAUAUACUGUUUAUCAUAAAGUU